AAGCAGAAUAAUUAAGGAAACCAAACCACGAAGAGACUGAGACAGAGAAAUGGAAGAGCCCCAAACACUGUUGCUUUGAUCCAAAUUUCCAAAUUCUCCAUCUCCUUCUCCUUCGAAUCACACCCCAAAUCCUUCUUCCAUUCCGUCAAAAUCAUCUUCUUCAUCCACAAUUCUUCGUCAUUUUUAGUGGGUCAACUUCUACUGGUCGGUGAAGACGAACAAAAAUGGCGUUGAAUAUGAAAACCCUCACCCAAGCCCUGGCCAAGACCGCCGCGGUGAUCGAGAAAACCGUUCAUACCACCGUCCAGGAGGUCACCGGACCCAAGCCCCUUCAGGAUUACGAGCUUCUCGAUCAGAUCGGCUCCGCCGGUCCCGGCAUGGCUUGGAAAUUGUAUUCUGCCAAGGCUCGCGAUUCUUCCCGGCCUCAGCAAUAUCCAACUGUUUGCGUAUGGGUUUUGGAUAAGAGGGUUCUGUCGGAGGCUAGGACUCGCGCGGGGUUGUCGAAGUCUGUCGAGGAUUCGUUUUUGGAUCUGAUUCGAGCCGAUGCGGGGCGGUUGGUGAGGCUGAGGCAUCCAGGUGUGGUUCAUGUGGUGCAGGCGUUGGACGAGAAUAAGAAUGCCAUGGCCAUGGUUACCGAACCGCUGUUUGCGUCGGUGGCAAAUGUUGUUGGGAAUGUGGAGAAUGUUGCCAAGGUUCCUAAGGAGCUUAAUGGUUUGGAAAUGGGAUUACUGGAAAUAAAGCAUGGUUUGCUUCAGAUAGCAGAGUCUUUAAACUUUCUUCAUAGCAAUGCACAUCUCAUUCACCGGGCUAUAUCUCCGGAGAAUGUCCUUAUCACUUCAAAUGGAGCUUGGAAACUUGCUGGAUUUGGCUUUGCAAUUCCAGCAGAUCAGACUUCAGGUGACAUGGCUACCAUGCAGGCAUUCCACUAUGCCGAAUAUGACGUUGAAGAUUCUGUGCUGCCUCUCCAGCCAUCUCUAAAUUACACUGCUCCUGAAUUAGUUAGGAGUAAAUCAUCUUUGGCGGGUUGUUCCUCAGAUAUUUUCAGCUUUGGAUGCCUUGCUUACCAUUUGGUUGCUAGAAAGCCUUUGUUUGACUGCCACAACAAUGUUAAAAUGUACAUGAAUUCCUUAACUUACCUGUCAACUGAGUCGUUUGCUUCAAUUCCUCCGGAGUUAGUUCCUGACUUGCAGAGAAUGCUAUCAUCAAAUGAGUCUUUCCGGCCAACAGCAUUGGAAUUCACGGGUUCCCCGUUUUUCCGAGAUGACACAAGGCUGCGUGCUCUUCGCUUUCUUGACCACAUGCUUGAAAGAGAUAACAUGCAAAAGUCUGACUUCUUGAAGGCCCUAUCUGAUAUGUGGAAAGAUUUUGAUCCCCGUAUAUUGCGGUAUAAGGUCCUUCCACCUCUCUGUGCAGAAUUACGGAAUCUGGUUAUGCAGCCUAUGAUACUUCCCAUGGUACUCACAAUAGCAGAGUCACAGGAUAAACAUGAUUUUGAGGUAUCAACUUUGCCAUCUCUUGUUCCCGUCCUGAGUACUGCUGCUGGUGAUACAUUGUUGCUGCUUGUGAAGCAUGCCGAUCUUAUAAUUAACAAGACCAAUCAAGAACAAUUAAUAACAAAUGUCCUGCCAUUGAUUGUUCGUGCUUAUGAUGAUAAUGAUGCUCGCAUACAAGAGGAAGGUCUGAGGAAAUCAGUUUCCCUUGCUAAGCAACUUGACACACAGCUAGUGAAACAAGCAAUUUUGCCUCGUGUUCAUGCUUUAGCUCUAAAGACAACAGUUGCUGCGGUUAGAGUCAAUGCUUUGCUGUGCUUUGGAGAAUUGGUUCAGACGCUUGAUAAACAUGCAGUUCUAGAAAUCUUGCAAACAAUUCAACGUUGUACAGCUGUGGACCGAUCUGCUCCCACGCUCAUGUGUACCCUUGGGGUUGCAAACUCAAUCCUUAAGCAGUAUGGAAUCGAAUUUAUUGCGGAGCACGUUCUUCCUUUACUCACACCUCUUCUUACAGCCCAACAAUUAAAUGUUCAGCAGUUUGCUAAAUAUAUGCUUUUUGUCAAGGACAUUCUCAGGAAAAUUGAAGAGAAAAGAGGAGUCACUGUUUCUGAUUCUGGAAUACCGGAGAUGAAAUCCACUCUGGUUUCUAAUGGCGCACUGUCCCAAUCGUCAAGCAGAGCAAGUGAUACCGUCGUUCCAACUAUAAAAAGUCGACCUGCUUGGGAUGAAGAUUGGGGGCCUAUUUCUAAGGGACAUACACCCCCUCAUAAUUCUACUAGCAAUAUCUCGUCUGCUCCUGCUGUUCUUGGUGGUCAACCCAUAACAGGAAAUUCUAUACAAACAAAUUCUGUUGUGACAACAUCUCUCUCUAGUAAUCAAACUGUUGCAUCCUGCCUUCCAGUGAAUAUUGAGUGGCCGCCCCGGAACUCUAGUGCUGGUGCACCCAGAAUAGCUGAUUCUGGGAUGCAAGCAACUGCUGGAGCAUCAUCCACUUCAAACUUGGAUGACGUGGACCCUUUUGCUGACUGGCCUCCACGCCCUAGUGGAUCAUUAGGAGGUGCUUUUGGAGCUUCCAACAAUGGGGCUGUUGGGCCAUCCAUGAACAAAUAUGUAACUAGUUCAUCCAUGAGUACACCAAACAGUUUGAACUUUCAAACGAACAGCAAUGCCAGUUGGACCGUCAACAACAAAAAUACUGGUGAACCGAUGAGACAAAAUCAUGGCUCUUCGACUUUCAACUCAAGCAGUCUGGUGACUGGGGCCCACAAUUCCCAAAGUUCUAUUGGAUUCCAGAAGCAAAACCAGGGCAUAUCAUCUCAACAUGCAUAUGAUGCGGACAAAAAAUUCACUGAUCUUGGAUCCAUAUUUGCCCCGAGUAAGAAUGAGAAUAACAUCGCACCUAGACUUGCCCCGCCUCCCUCAACUACUGUUGGUAGGGGAAGAGGAAGAGGGAGAGGGGUUUCAUCAACAUAUCGUUCUACUCAAAAUAAAUCAUCAUCUGGACAACCUCCCCUAAUGGACUUACUGUAGUGGGUGAAUUCUAUGUUUAUCAGAAAUAUUUGGAAGAUGCAGAUGUCUUUUGUAGAUUUGUCAUCUUGUGGCACCUAGAGAUGGAUUUGAUGAACUGCAUAUCAGGUAUGAGAGUAUAUUUUUUUGACCCUUGCAUGUAAAGGUUAAGUUGGGGGUGCGAGUUGAUAUUAAAGCGGUUAUUGUGUUAUGCCUGUAGCUGAUUUUUGAUAAAUGCAUUUUUUCUGUUUAUAGUCAAAAUUUGAACUAGUCUAUAUCGAAAAUUUUUUAUGCCUCUCAAAGUGUAUCAUUCAUAUAUAGUCCCACUCCCAGUUUGUGAC